AUGGAUGCUUGGAACUAUAUCUGGAGGUCCAGAGGUAUCCUGCACCAGAGCUUCCUGUAUAAGGCGCUAGGAAUGUCCUUAGCAGCUUGUGAGGACCUGGUCCAUGUGAAAUCACAGAUUCAUACACUUCUGACCACAGAUUAUAUGGAAGCCCCUGAGAGACAGGGAGUCAUUUCCAUCCUCACAGUCUGUGCUGAGAGCCACUUGGACCUCGCCUUGAAUGCACUUCAGGAGUUUGGGGCUGCAAUGAGCAAGGUUAAGAUUUCUGGGUUCAUCAGCCACCUGAAGGACUACCGCCAUGGGACAAGAGGCAAGACUCGCAGCACCCUGAUGCUGACAUACAGCAACGUGACUGUCCAUGCUCCAAAAGAGCAGCUUCUCUCCCGAGUAGAGGCAGACAUCACAGGGAACGUCCUUCACCAUUACAGAACCAGUUGUCAGGACAUGUACCUAAAAUUAACCCUCAUCCAGAAUGUCACGGAGAUUAGCUGUGCCAUUUUGGAGACCAGAGACUCCCAGAAGUUCGAAUUCUCUUACAAACUGGAGCUCCUUGGCUCCAUGCUGAACUUCAUUAAAAAGGAACCACGGGAUACCUUGGCAUCUCCAGUUCGCUACAAGGCAAUUCUUGCCAUUGGACAUCUGAGGUAG